AAACUGGUGUGUAGCAGACAGCAGCACAUAGUGCCAAUUUGGCCAGGAUACACAAGCAAGCAAGUGGUUCACUUUAGCUUGUGUUGGUUAGCAGGUGUAGUUUGCUAGCAGCUAGGCUAGCUUUAGACACUGCCAACACAUCAGUGGCUAUGGCUUUUGGGUUUUGCCUUAGUGUGACAUUUCUCCUGUCUGUGUGGACAACUGCAAAAUGUGAUAAUAUUCCCAAUGAAGGUCUUCAUAUGGAGUGUCGUGAUCGUUACUUCAUGAUAGCCGUUGAGCUCUUCUUCACUGGGAAUGAACCUUCCUUUGAGGCUGUUGAUGAGACAGGUGUGUACCCCAUCACUGAGCAGUAUGCAGCAAAAUGUGGCUACAGUGUCAGUGUUUUACCUCCAUUGGAACAUGUGGAGCUCCGGGCCUCUUACUUCAGCUGCCACACUGACAACAAGGAGGAUGAAGUGUUCACAUUCAACUUCAACCUGAUUGUGACACACAAAGGAAAGGAAGUCACCUAUGCUUUGAACAAGACCUGUUCUCCCUCUCUCCCCUGGUCUCCCAGAGAGGUUACCUGUGAGGUCAACUACAUGGAAGUGUCUGUGAGGAGUGAUGUGGCCUGUCCAACUGGGACAAAGGAGGAUGACUGGGAUGCUCUUUUCAAAACGGCCUAUGCCUCAGCCACUUCAGAUUGGCAGGUGAUGUUUCAGAGUGUGCAGCAGGAGCUGAUGCCCAUUAGCCUUAAAACGGCUAAGAAGCAUGGAUAUGCAUUUGACUUGACGGAUGGAAGGCUUGUAUUUCGUGCUCCGUAUGGACAACCUGACUCAUUCAGCACUGAGGUGAAUGGUGUUCCAGUAGAGGUGGUCCAUGCAACACUAUUCUCCAGACAUAGCUGGGUUUUAAUUAUGGUUGACCUGGUGGCUGCUUGUUCCAUGCAUAAAGGAUCAUAUGACAACAUUGGCUACAUUAUGUGGGAGACUCCUGAUGUGCUGCAUCUGUUGUCUGGUCUACAAAGGAUGCAGGUCAACAUUGGAGUCAAUGGCGAACUUGUGGAGCAGCCAGUUGCAGAAGAGAGAGGCUACAUUGUGAAGCAGCACAACUCCACAGUCGAGAUCAGCAUCCCCUAUAAUGCUGAAGGAGGAUACAGGAAGAGCAUUGUGUCUGGGAACCUCUAUGAGUUCUACAUCUUUCAUCUCUACUUGGAGCAAAUCUCAAUGGAUGAGGAUCAUGUUGACACCAGACUUCGCAUUCACAGGACACUGGCCACUCCCCUGCUGACACGCCCUGUUUUCACUGAAAACAGAACAGUUCCUGAGGAGCGCACAUUCACGGUCUACCUCGGGGAUGUCCCUGAAGACGUCGAGUUGGCUGCGGUUCAUUUGAAUGGACAGAAAUUUACAGUUCCAUUUACAAAUACAAGCAGCCACAACAUCACAAAAGUUGUUUCUCCCAACCACACUCAUGGCUACACUCUGAAGGUGCCUUUUGAGGACCCUGUUGUCAUGCAGCAGUUAAUCAAAGAUGCAACGAUGCAGCACAGGCUGGACAUCAACUACACACUGACCGUUCUGCCUGAAAAUGAGCCUUUUUACCAACUAGCAUCAGUGAUGGCGUUAACUGAUGCCUCUCCUCCACCCUUUGAUGCUGUCUGUUCUGAGUCUGGCAUCAGCUUUAAACUGGACCACCAGCCUAUUUACUACCUGUGGGAGAUCAGUAUCGGCUCAGAGCUGCUGACAUCAGAGCUGGCAGCUAAGCACGGCUACGUCAUGAGCAACAAUAGCCAGAGACUGCUGCUCGAGGUGCCGCUCUUCACUCAUGGCUACAAGUACAAGGACAUUACGUUGAAGGGCUUCUUCAGCACUUUUGAGCUCCUCAUGCGGGAUCAUGAAACAUUAAAGGUCCAAAAUUCAAUUGUCAAGACUUGUCAGUUCUCUGCUACUGAACUCAUUGUGUGUUCGGCUGAUGGCAGGAUAACUGUGGUGGCUGACUUGCCUUCGGUCAUCACAAGUGAAGGAGUUCCUGCUAGAACCAACCUGGUAGACAAAAACUGUGGACCCAAAGAGAUGGACAGCACCAGGGCUCUCUUCUCUUUUCCAAUCAACAGCUGUGGAUCCACAGUAAAGCUUGGUAAAGAGUAUGUGACGUAUGAAAAUGAGAUUUUCUUCAGCAAGAAGUUGCAUGCUCCAGCUAACUCCAGCAAUGAUUUUGACAGGGUGACAAUGCAGUGUACAUAUCCUCUGGCUGGACUUCUCUCAGUAUACAGGUUUGAGUCCGACGCAGCUGGUGUCGGUCGUAUUGUGCAUUCUGCACACUCCACUCAAGGUCUACUGAGUCCCACCAUUAAGCCCACUACAGUGCUUCAAACACCAUUGUCCACUCAAAGAGGUGUUUCAGUUCAACCUGCUUACCGGCCUUCUGCUCAGUAUAUCCAAGUAUCCAGCGUUCCAAACAAUGUCACGAAGAACGUAUCUGGCUUUCCAGGGAAUGUAUCUGUCUUUCCAAACAAUGUCACGAAGAAUGUAUCCGGCUUUCCAAACAAUGUCACGAAGAACAUAUCUGGCUUUCCAGGGAACGUAUCUGGCUUUCCAGGGAAUGUAUCUGUCUUUCCAAACAAUGUCACGAAGAAUGUAUCCGGCUUUCCAAACAAUGUCACGAAGAACAUAUCUAGCUUUCCAGGGAACAUAUCUGGCUUUCCAGGGAACAUAUCUGGCUUUCCAAACAAUGUCACGAAGAACGUAUCUGGCUUUCCAGGGAACGUAUCUGGCUUUCCAGGGAACGUAUCUGGCUUUCCAAACAAUGUCACGAAGAACAUAUCUGGCUUUCCAGGGAACAUAUCUAGCUUUCCAGGGAACAUAUCUGGCUUUCCAAACAAUGUCACGAAGAACGUAUCUGGCUUUCCAAACAAUGUCACGAAGAACGCAUCUGGCUUUCCAAACAAUGUCUUAGAGAAAGUAUCCAUUAAGCCCACUACAGUGCUUCAAACACCAGAGUCCGCUACCAGAUGCACCCGAAGAUGUCUUUCAAUGCGACCUGCUUUCUGGCCUUCUGCUCAGUACAUCAAAGUAUCCGGCUUUCCAAACGGUGUCUCAAAGAAAGGAUCCAUUAAGCCCGCUACAAUACUUCAAACACCAGAGUCUGCUACCAGAUGCACCCGAAGAUGUCUUUCAAUGCGACCUGCUUUCCGGCCUUCUGCUCAGUACAUCAAUGUAUCCGGCUUUCCAAACGAUGUCUCAAAGGAAGGAUCCAGCAUUCUAAACGAUGUCUCAAAGAAAGUAUCCAGCUUUCUAAACGAUCUUUCAAAGAAAGUGUCCGACUUUCUAAACGAGGUCUCAACGACCGCAUCAUGCUUUCUAAACGAUGCCUCAAGAGGAGCCAGAGGGUCAUCCGAAACUAAAGUGACGCCAUAAUUUGGAUUGUGAUUGCAUGGGUUUUAAAUGUAAAGCUCAAUAAACUUGUAUGUUAAAUGCUC